AUGGAAUCUGAAAAUAAAAAUAAUAAUAAAAAAGUUAAAGAAGAAUCUAAAGUUAAAGUUAAAUUUAUAACUAAUGAUGCAAAUAUUAGAGUUACAGAUACACCAAUUGCUGUACCAGUUCGUUUAGGUCGUCUUGGUUUAUCAGAAGUAAUUCAUCAUUUAAGAGAAGAAGAAAACGAAACAUCAAAACCAUUCGAUUUCCUUAUUAAUGGUAAAUUUAUUAGAACAACUUUAGAUAAACAUAUUAAAAAUGCAAAUUUAAGUGAAGAACAAAUUAUUACAAUUGAAUAUUUAGAAGCAAUUACAGAACCAAAAAGAGAAAAAGAAUGUCAACAUGAUGAUUGGGUUAGUUGUGUUGAUGGUAGUAAUUUUGGAUUAGUAGUUAGUGGAUCAUAUGAUUUAGGUGUUAGAGUUUGGGGAUAUGAUGGUGAACUUAUUUCAACUGGUACUGGUCAUUUAGCAGGUGUAAAAAGUGUUUGUUGGAUUAGUGAUAAAAACGCUGAUAAUCUUAGUUUUGUAUCAGCAUCAAUGGAUAAAACAUUACGUGUUUGGAAUUUCAAUAAAUCACAAUCUGAAAUCAAAGCAUUGGCAUGCUUAAAAGAGCAUACUGGUACAAUUGAAUCUGUUUACGUUUCACCAGAUUCAUCACGUAUUGUAUCGGCUUCAAUGGAUUCAACAAUUAAAUUAUGGAGUAUUAAAGACAUACCAAAUCAACAUGCAACCACUUCAAGCUCCAUUGAAAAGAGUAAUAGUAAAAAACGUAGAUUAGCAAACAACACCAAUAAUGAAACAGCAGCCGUCGACCAACAAUCAGAGAUCAUUCAUAAUAUAACGGAGUCAUUGGCAUCGGUAACCGUACCAAACAGUCAAGGUGUUACAGUGGUCAAUUGGACAACCCAAUUCCAAAUGUUGUCAGGUUCAAUGGAUUCAAAAAUUAGAUUAUGGGAUGUUAGUACAUUGGUUGCAAAUGAUACAAUCCCUACACCUGCUCCAUUAACCGAUUUGGAUUAUUCAAUGGAAUCUGGUUUAAUUGUAACUGCACAUAAAGAUAGAAUCGUUAGAAUUUGGGAUCCAAGAUCAUCCGAUGAAACUAAAUCUCAAACUCAAUCUUUAAUCUCUCAUAAAACUUGGGUAACAAGUGUAAAUUGGAAUCCAUCUUCAAAAUAUCAUUGUUGUUCUACCUCUCAUGAUGGUACCGUCAAAUAUUGGGAUAUCCGUACAAAGAUUCCAUUAUACACUAUUGAUACUUUAGAGAAAUCAAAAGAUAAAGUUUUAUCAUCAUCUUUCAUUUCAAAUAAAAAUAAAAAUAUUAAUGAUUAUUCAAUUGUUUCUGGUGGUACUGAUUCAAAAUUAAGAAUUCAUUAUAAUGAUAAACAAGAACAACAACAAUAA